AUGCCCGACGUGUCCGACGAAAUCACCCUCGCAGGUUAUCUUUUCAAACGGCUUUGUCAAGUUGGCCUACACGCCGUGCAUGGCGUCCCCGGAAACCACAACAUCGCAAUACUGAGGGAAGCUACCGAUGUAGGGCUUGAAUGGGUCGCCCACUGUGGUGAUCUUAAUGCUGGGGUUGUCGCAGAUGGAUACGCACGAGUCAAGGGCAUCGCCGCUCUGAUAUCUUCAUUCGAGAAUAUGCGAUCGUCAGUCUCGACGGCAAUCGCUGCCUCGUACCGGGAUAGAGUCCCAAUUGUGCUCGUGAUUGCGACACCUGAACGCAAGGCGCCGGCGCAGGCCUCAAAAUUCCACCAUUCAUUCCUCGACGCCCAGCCUGAUGUUUCUCGACAACGUGAUGAGUUCCAGGUGCUCGCUCACUGCUUCGAGAAAAUCACCAUCACCCAAGAGUUUCUUGUUCAUCCUAGCGAGGCGGCUGCCCAGAUUGAUACUGCCAUUCGAGAAUGUAUCAUGCAGUCUCUGCCUGUUUACAUCGAAUUACCGGAAGACUUGGUCACCAGUAUGGUACCGACCAAGGGACUCGCCCAUCACUUGGACUUGAACACUCCGCCUCACAAUACUGAGAUGGAAAAGGUGGUAGCGGCCAGUAUCAUGAACAAGAUUAAGCACGCACAACGGCCAAUAAUUCUCGUGGGUGCGGGUGUCCCAUCUUGUGGUCUUAUCAAAGAAGCAAACCAGCUGGCGAAAAAGACUAGAUUUCCAACGGCUGCGACCCAGUUCAGCAGAGGUGUUGUAGAUGAAACACUAAAAAACUUCCAUGGAGAUAUCUCGGAUUUCGAUAUGUACGGUUCAUACUUCAGAUCUUCCGACCUGAUUCUCCUUAUUGGACCCCUGAAUAUUAUUGAGUGGGCUUUUCCCGCUGUGUUCGAGGCGAAGACAGCAGAAACAGUCACAUUCAACAGAAACUCUGUUGUCAUCGGGGACAAGAAAUACGAGCUAUUUUCUAGGCCUGUGCUUCAGCAGAUUUCAAACUGCCUGAGUCAGAGCAAACUGCGUGAUCUUGCACCCUACCCAGAUUUGCCUAGUAUCCGUGACAGCAUUGAAAUGCUUCCAACUCGGAAAACGACUGAGCCCCUUCAGCAUGACAUUUAUUCCACGUUUUGGCGAAGAAUGUCUAUCUUCUUCGGCCCCGGUGACAUUAUCUUAACUGAAACCCAAACAGCCCAGGAUGGGGCACGCUGCUUUAUGUUGCCGCGAGAUGCGAUCCUCAUCAAUCCUGGUGCCGGAAAGUCACCCGGGCACAUAAUUGCUACCACUAUGGGUGUGGCUUUGGCGCAACAAGGCCUUGGCAAAACAAACUACAUGCUUUCACAAGGACGAAGCAUUCUCUUUCUAGGAGCCAAAGGGUUCCAAAAGGCCUCAAAUGACUUGAGGGCUAUCAUCGAUAUGAAGCUCAAUCUCAUUAUCUUUGUCAUUAACGAGGGAGUACCCGUCGUUGAAAGCUUAAUGCACGCGAUGGAAUACACACAGAAAGAUUCUGGUCACUGGCGAUACUCAGAAUCCGUUUCUUUCUUCGGAGCCCCAAAUGAGACACCUUACCCAGUCUACUCUAGCAUAGCCAGAACAUGGGGCGACUUUGAUCUUAUUAUCCAUGAUAAGACAAUUCAAUCCGGGACAGGACUGUACAUCGUGGAGUUCAUAAUCAAACCCGGGGAUCCAAUGCAAAGCCCGUGUCUUCUCGCUGAAAUGUAUGGCCCGCCCCGAGCCCCUUUUCGUUGA